GGACAGAACGCUGUCAGAGAUGACUAAGUUACGGCCAAGGGCCAGGGCCACCCUCUUGCAAAACGAAGGUAUGAGCACGCCCGCUCGCAUCCCGCACGAAACACCCACGCGCCAUGGAGCCUACGCUACAGUACAUCAACAAACUCCAGAAUCGCAAAGUCUUGAUCAUCGGCGGGACCUCCGGCAUAGGCAUUUGUGUUGCUGAGGCCGCUAUCGAGCAUGGAGCAAUCGUGACAAUUACCGGAAGCACCGAGAGCAAGCUCCACACCUCUUUACUGCGCCUGAACAAGAUUGCAAGUCCUCUACGACGUGCUUCCGGCAUACCUAAUCCGGCAGUCUCCGGCCACCUCUGCGAUCUCAGCGACUUGUCUCUGCAGGAAUCCACGCUUCGACUGCUCCUGGAAGCAGUAACCGUGAACGGGGAAUACAAGCUCGACCAUGUCAUCUUCACGGCUGGGAACAGGAUUUCGAUCCCCGGUCUGGAGGAUGUGACACCGGACCAGGUCCAAGCAAUGCAGACUGUACGAAUAAUAGCUCCUAUCAUGUUAGCUAAGCUACUUCCGGCUUACAUGACGAAGUCUGCACUAAGCUCGCUAACGCUUACGGGAGGUACGCAAGCUAUAAAGCCGUCUCCGGGAUGGAGUGUCAUGGCUGGAAUCAUGUCCAGCAUUUUCGGUCUGACACGAGGCUUUGCUUUAGAUUUGCAGCCAAUUCGGGUGAACGCCGUCAUACCAGGAGCCGUGAAGGGUAUGGCGACCGACGAACUUGAUCCUGUAGUCCUGGAGGAGAGAAUGGCUCAGUUUCGGCUCACCACUUUGACGAACACCGUUGGUACGCCAGAGGAAGUGGCAGAGGCGUACUUGUAUUUUAUGAAGAGCUCUUAUGCAAGCGGGACUGUAACCGUCGUCGAUGGAGGAAAAUUACUGAGGGUGUAACAAUCAAUGGUCUCAGUGUC